AUGAUAAACCCCAAAGACUGCGACGAAUCCGAAUUGGAUAUUCUUGGUCGUAGUUUCCUAAAGGAACUCCUCCCAUUUAUAGAGACAUAUGGAUAUGAUGGAAGAUCGCAGUUCUGGGACAUCAUUGACUCCAAGACCAAUCACUCAGAUUCUCAAACCUCGGAUGCAAGCCAGUUUCUCUUUUUUUAUUCAAGAAAGCAGUCAAUUGAAGCUCUCAUCAACUCUGAUAUCGACAUUAACAAACUCGUUUCUUCCUUCUCCAUUGAUGAAGAUUUAGUUCUUAUCAAAAUUCCGUCCACGACACAUGGCGCAGCCCACUAUGAACUGAAUACCAUUUUGCUCGAUGCCCUCCGCCCUAUGGGCCUACACAAAACCAUUCAAGGCUACCCGAACACUAGAAUUCGAUCAGAGAGUGCCGCACGUGGAAAGCAACCAGACUGUGGAUGGGGUCCCAGGAGACCACCACGUAUGCCAGGUCGCUCGACUACGAAAUCCCCUACUGUGGUAUUGGAGGUAGCUUACUCAGAGUCGAGACGAAAACUACAGUCUGAUAUUCGUUAUUGGUUAAGCCCACGGGAGGGCAAUGCAAAAGUAUGUCUAACGAUGGACAUUCAUCGCCGCGACUCGACAAUUUUGGUCGAAAACUGGACUAGAAACGCCAAUGGGCGAAUUUAUCGCGCCCAGCAUAUUGAGAUUACUCGACAGGACCAGACAAUAGUGAGCGGGGAUUGGCCCCUCAGAGUCCCGUUCGAAUCUCUAUUCUUACGCGAAAUAGACCGGUCUAGCCCUAGAGAGCGAGAAAACAUCAACAUCUCUAAAGCAAAGUUGAUAGAGCUUGCGUCAACCAUUUGGGAAGCAGAAGACGUAUAA